AUGCGAAAUCAAAACAGUAAGAUUUUAUUAUGGUUGUUUGUGGAAAAGGAUAUUCGUAGUAAAGGAAAUGCAGUUUUAUGUCUUAUUGUUACUGAAAAAGCAAAAAAAAUGGCAACAAGACAUGCUUAUCAAAUUCA